CUUUAACGCUUUAUUGUUUUCAGUAGUGGAAUUCUUAACAUACACAUUAGAGGAUGAAGGAGAACUUUUUUUUUUCAUUCGUUCAUAAAUCCGAGUAGCAGUUUUCCUUAAAGCAUCAUUAAAUUUUCAGAACUCAAGCCAUACUUUCUAGAUUUCACUAACAACCAUUGAAGAAUCCUAAAUGGACUGAAGCCAUUUCUCCAUACCCACUGCCAUGAAAAAAUCCCAAAGCUUCCUUGUCAAUAUCAUCAAACCCCUUUUCUCGAGCUCGAGUAGAGGUCAAGACGGCUUGGAGAGAAUUGCAGAACAGGAGCAGAAGCAGUUCCAGUUCGAAACCCUAGUCUCUGCAACCAAUAAUUUUCAUCUCAGUAACAAGCUCGGGGAAGGUGGUUUUGGUCCAGUUUUUAAGGGAAGAUUGAGGGAUGGGAGAGAAGUAGCUGUGAAGAAGCUGUCACAGAGCUCAAGACAGGGAAAUAGAGAGUUUCAGAUGGAGGCCAAGGUAUUGACUCGCGUUCAGCACAGAAAUGUGGUGAAUUUGCUUGGAUACUGUGUUCAUGGAGCAGAGAAAUUGCUUGUUUACGAGUUUAUGUCAAAUGAGAGCCUUGACAAAAUUCUCUUCAAGUCUGGUAAAAGGGGCAUGCUUGACUGGGAAAGAAGGCAUGGCAUAAUUACUGGCAUAGCCAAAGGCUUACUAUACCUUCAUGAAGACUCACAUAUUUGCAUAAUCCACCGUGACAUUAAGGGUAGCAACAUCUUACUUGACGAUAAAUGGAUGCCAAAAAUUGCAGAUUUCGGAAUGGCCAGACUCUUCCCCGAAGAUCAAACACAUGUCAACACCCGUGCGGCUGGCACCAGAAACCUUAAUUUAUUUGAAGACUUGGAACAGUGGGUACAUGGCGCCAGAAUAUCUCAUGCAUGGACACCUAUCUGUGAAGGCAGAUGUAUUUAGCUUUGGUGUUGUGGUUUUGGAGCUGAUCAGUGGUCAGAAGAAUUCAACCUUCAAUCAAGAUCCGGGUUCCCAAAACCUACUUGAGUGGGUAUACAAGCUCUACAAGAAGGGGAGAUGCUUGGAGAUAAUGGACCCAGUGUUGUUGCAGUCUGCCAUCAAGGAAGAAGUGACAAUGUGCAUACAGAUUGGUUUACUAUGCACCCAAGCUGAUCCACAGCUACGGCCCACCAUGCGACGUGUGGUGGUCAUGCUGUCUAAAAAGCCAGGCAGUCUUGAUGAAGAACCAACAAGACCAGGAUACUUGGGGUCUAGGUACAACAGAAGACACCACCGGCCUGCCAUAACAUCCUCAAGCGCAUCAUAUUCUGGUACAUUUGGGUCCACCAUUGAUAGCGUCAGCCCUAGUGCAAGCAUAACAACUACUCGUACAGGCCCCACCAAAUUAGAGCGUGGGAAAUACCCUAUACGAGAGUAGUCUCCACUUAAGUAGAGUGUAGUUAUAGCCUCAUAUUGCUUCAUUCUUUCGUGUAUAUGGUGUUUAUAUUGUUAUUUACGGCAUGCGAAUUCUUUAUUUAAUCUAGAGCUGAAUGCCUGUGAAUGUGCGGAACUGGUCCUUAGUUAUUCGGAUCACAGUUAGACAAAAACUUGUUAUAGACUUGGAGCUCAUUUUUCAAGUUCAUUGAAAUAAAUGAACCAGAAUACCAGACUAUAGGUUAAUGAUGUUGGGUUUGUAGCUUGGAACUCGCUCGUAAAUAGAAAACAAGUAGUCCCGCAUGAAUGGAAUUUGCGUGCAAGGUGUAGUUAUCUGUCAUUAUGUUGAGUAUCAUGACAACAGAAUUCAAAGAAUCAUGAACCUUUGAUGCUUUGGAAUUCUAGGCCAUACUAAUAAUGCUCUCUAAAGAUGCCCUAACUCCUAAGUAGAGAGUAGAGACUGGAGAGUACAAAAGGCGAAGAUGGAAUGGAUGCAGACUCAAUGGUCUAACAACAUUAUAUCUAUGAAUGAUAGUUUGUACUUUGUACCAAUGGUUUAUGUCAAUAUAUUAUAUGUAUAAGAACUUUGUCCAUUGUUUUUUUAAAAAAUGGUACCUUACUCUUAA